UUUUUUAAAUAUAGAUUUUUUAAUAAAACUAUGUAGUUUUAGUUUUUAUAGUUAAAACGACUUAAGUUAACUAGGUAUUUGUAGUUCCCUUAACUAGUUUAUUUUCCUUUAACCAGUUGAUUAGUUUUAGUUAACUAUAAUAACCUUGGUAAUGAGCCUGUGACCGUAGAGUCACCGUGAUUAGCCGUGACAGGCCUGUGUCUGACAUAGCAAACCAUGAACUGCGUCCUGGAAGGAAACUCUAUAAAAGCAUUUGGGAAGGCUAUUCAUGCCCUGUCCCGGGUUGGAGAUGAGCUGUGGUUGGAUCCAACGGUCAAAGGGCUGGCCCUGAGAUCAGUGAAUUCUGCUCAUUCUGCAUACGCCUGCUUCCUCUUUUCGCCGCUCUUCUUCCAGCAGUACAAUCUGGAUUCAGUCAGGGAGCAGGACAGUGAACCAAUCAAAUGCAAGCUAGUCAUGAAGUCCGUGCUGCCACUUUUCCGUUGUUCGACUUCUAUUGAGCACAGUGUGAAACGGUGUCAGAUAUCAGUCAGCACUGGCAGUGACCAAGUGAUCGUUCAGUUUUUCUGCAGACACGGCAUAACAAAAACCUACAAUGUGCGUUUCCUGGAAAGUGAGGCGCUGCAGGCAGUGUUUGCCUCACACCUCUGUCCCAAUGUGCUGAAAUCUCCUGCCAGGCUUCUAGGCGAUAUGGUGAUGCAUUUCCACGCGUCUCAGGAAGAAGUCACUCUGUCGAUGUCCGCCCCGAAAGUCAGUCUGAGAAAUUACAACGAGGGGAGAAAUGAUCACAUGAAGAUGAUGCACACUGAGAUGUCCUUACACCCAGACGAGUUUGACUACUUUCAAGCUGGAAUGGACUCGGACAUAACCUUCUGUCUGAAGGAGCUAAGGGGGUUACUGUGUUUUGCGGAGUCACAUUGCCUUCCGGUGUCGGUUCACUUUGGCAAUCCAGGAAAGCCUGUGUGCUUCUCUGUGGAGGACAUGGUCCUUGAGGCCACUGUGGUGCUGGCUACGCUGGCUGACUUUGAAAGCAGAGGCCCCUCACAGCCUACAGAGACCCCAGCUACACACAGCUGUGCAGAUGCAGCUGCUCUGCCUGUGGGUAUACAUGAGACUCAGAGCAACAACCUCCAAGUUCUUCCUGAUGUAACAGAGCUUGUUGAAUCCAGCCAAGGCAGCCCUAUAACCUACCCACCUGUUCUGAUGCAACUCCAAUGCCAGGGCGACAGUGCUUGUGCUGGAAUGACCCCACCUUCCAGCAUGAUCUGCUCCCUGCUGUUCAAGGCCUUGUCCUCAGAACCUGGUGAUGACGAUGAUGAUGGUGCUCCCAGACUACCUGUCCUGGCAUAUUUCAGUGAUGAGGAAGACUAUCCGAGAAGCCCGUCACUCUGAGGGAAUAGCAGUUCAGCAACAAUGUUCUUCUCUAAAUAGUUAUCAAAGUGUUAAUCUCUCCAGAAUAGUUUUUAUUAAAUAUUGUUUAUUGUUAAAAUGUUUUUUUCCAGUUACUGUUCAUUGGAACAAUAUACCAUCCAUGUUGUUGGUCAAUAAAAAUGUGCCAUCUCGGGACGAUGCCACACCCAUCUGAUGGUAACUGGCACGCAUUGUGUCUGAGGAAUGUUGUAGCACAAACAAAAUGUACAAAGUGUUCCCAGACUAUAGAGCAGUGAGCCAAAUGUCCUUCAUGUGAACAAAACGCAGCUGCAGUGUUCAAUACACAUCAGAGCCAUGAAAUACAGCAGGUUAAUAAAUAUUAUAGUCUUUAUUUAAACAUUGUACACAUGUGAAAAUGUUUUUGUUUCUCCCACAUAGACAUGCUCUGGUUUAAACAGAAAGAUGAGGCGGAUGAAAAGGAGUCAUCCAGGGAGGUGUGAAACAGGAAGCAGGGACAAUGGAGCUUACAGUGGUAGUGCCAAAUGACUGGGAGAAGUGCUUUAUCAUUUUUGUUAAGGCUGCUUGGAUUGUCCUCAGUGCUGUAACACUUAGAAAAAAAAUAAAUAAAUCACAUUUUGCCAACUAACA